AUGUCUGUUAUUGCGCAUGUGGACCAUGGCAAAUCCACAUUAACCGAUUCUUUGGUCUCGAAAGCUGGUAUUAUUUCCUCAGCAAAGGCCGGCGAAGCCCGAUUCACAGAUACGCGGGCUGAUGAACAAGAACGCUGUAUCACAAUCAAAUCCACUGCCAUUUCCAUGUAUUUUGAAUUACCUAAAGAAGAUUUGUCGGAUGUUAAACAAAAAACCGAAGGCAAUGAAUUCUUGAUCAACUUGAUCGAUUCACCCGGGCACGUCGAUUUCUCAUCCGAGGUUACCGCUGCACUUCGAGUUACCGAUGGCGCUUUGGUGGUCGUAGAUUGUGUCGAGGGUGUAUGUGUGCAAACAGAAACUGUAUUACGACAAGCUUUAACCGAACGUAUUAAACCUGUUAUCAUUAUUAAUAAAGUUGAUCGUGCUCUGCUAGAGUUACAAUUAACCAAAGAAGAUUUAUAUACGUCUUUCCAACGUACCAUUGAAUCUGUAAAUGUCAUCAUUUCAACGUACUUUGACAAAACGCUCGGCGAAGUGCAGGUCUAUCCUGAAAAGGGUACAGUCGCCUUUGGAUCUGGUCUCCAUGGCUGGGGUUUCACACUCCGACAAUUUGCGCAACGUUACUCGAAAAAAUUUGGUGUCGACAAAGAGAAAAUGAUGCAAAAAUUAUGGGGCGAGAAUUUCUUUAAUCCAGCCACUAAAAAAUGGACAACAAAAAGUACGACGGCGGAUGGCAAACAACUUGAACGUGCUUUUUGCAUGUUUGUAUUGGAUCCAAUUUUCAAAUUGUUCGAUGCGAUCAUGAAUUUCAAAAAAGAGGAAACCACCAAAAUGUUGGAGAAGCUGGAAGUUGGUCUAAAGGGUGAUGAAAAAGAUCUUGAAGGAAAAGCUUUAUUAAAAGUUGUCAUGCGUAAAUUCUUGCCAGCUGCUGACGCGCUACUGGAAAUGAUAGUCAUUCACCUUCCGUCACCAGUUACUGCUCAAAAAUAUCGUGCCGAGAAUUUAUACGAAGGUCCAGCGGAUGAUGAAUGCGGUAUUGCUAUUCGGGAUUGUGACCCUAAUGGACCACUUAUGUUGUAUAUCUCGAAGAUGGUACCGACAUCUGACAAGGGAAGAUUUUAUGCUUUCGGUCGUGUGUUCUCUGGUACUGUGCGUUCUGGUCUUAAAGUUCGCAUUCAAGGACCAAAUUACCAACCAGGAAAAAAAGAAGAUUUGUUCGUCAAAUCAAUACAACGUACUAUUCUCAUGAUGGGUCGAUAUGUGGAACCUAUCGAAGAUUGCCCUGCUGGUAAUAUUGUUGGUCUCGUGGGUGUAGAUCAAUAUUUGCUAAAAUCUGGCACAAUCACCACCUCAGAGACAGCGCACAACUUAAAAGUUAUGAAAUUCUCAGUUUCUCCUGUCGUGCGAGUUGCUGUCGAAGUAAAAAAUGCCAACGAUCUUCCAAAAUUAGUCGAAGGUCUAAAACGUUUAUCAAAAUCAGAUCCAUGUGUACAAUGUCUCACGUCAGAUUCUGGUGAACAUAUUGUCGCUGGUGCUGGUGAAUUGCAUUUGGAAAUUUGUUUAAAGGAUUUGGAAGAAGAUCACGCGCAAGUUCCAAUAAAAACUGGUGACCCGGUAGUAUCAUAUAGGGAAACCGUGCAAGCGGAAUCUUCAAUUACUGCACUGUCAAAAUCACCCAACAAACAUAAUCGUCUAUACAUGAAAGCAUUUCCAAUGCAGGAAGAACUUUCAAAUGACAUCGAAUCGGGCAAAAUCAAUCCUCGUGACGAUUUCAAAAUUCGUGCACGUAUUCUAGCGGAAGAAUACGGUUGGGAUGUUACUGAUGCUCGAAAGAUUUGGUGUUUUGGUCCAGACACAACGGGUCCUAAUUUGUUGGUUGACGUGACCAAAGGAGUACAAUAUCUUAAUGAAAUAAAGGAUUCAUGUAUUGCUGCAUUCCAAUGGGCAACAAAAGAAGGAGUCUGCGCAGAAGAAAAUAUGCGUUCAUGUCGCUUCAAUAUUCUCGAUGUCGUGUUACACGCUGACGCCAUUCAUCGUGGAGGUGGUCAGAUUAUUCCCACUUGUCGUCGUGUCAUCUAUGCUUCUUGUUUAACAGCCACGCCGGGUCUUUUGGAACCUGUAUAUCUCGUGGAAAUUCAGUGUCCUGAAAAUGCUAUGGGUGGUAUUUAUGGUGUUUUGAACAGACGUCGUGGUCACGUCUUUGCAGAAGAGCAGCGUCCUGGUACACCACUAUACAAUGUUAAGGCUUAUCUUCCUGUAAAUGAAUCCUUUGGAUUCACAGCUGAUCUUCGAUCAAAUACUGGUGGCCAGGCUUUCCCUCAAUGUGUAUUUUCACAUUGGCAAUUAAUGAACGGCACACCAUUAGAGCCGGGUAAGGUCUGCGAUAUCGUAAAAGCUGUCCGAAAGAGAAAAGGUCUUAGCGAAGAAAUUCCUUCGCUCGACAAAUACCUGGAUAAACUAUAA